GGCUAACACCAACCCACCACCCCCACCGCACUUCUCCUACCCCUGAACCGCUGCUGCCUGCGGGGUGGCAGCCAGGGAUGCUCGCAGAACCUCUCCGCCAGCCAGCCUUGAGCCGCAGCAGCCUCUAACCGCUCGGCUCCAUCCCUCUGCCCCUUGAGCAGCUCCAUCCCAGCCAGCGCAUCCUCUUUAAAGCCGCUGCGCCGCGCCGCGGAGCCUCCUCCCGCAUCGCCGCUCCAGCCGCGGCGCAUCCAUUGCGGGUUGGGAGGAUGAAGCUUCCCGAGGGGCUGCGCUGGCAUCCUCCAUCCCCCUGCCGACCGCCGAGCCUCUCGGGGCUGGCUCUGCGUGCGGGGAGCCUUCCGAGCUAAUCAGGUCAAUGCUCAUCUGCCGGCUCCGGGGACAUGACAGGAGCCUAUCACGGCACUUAGCAGCAUCUUCCCCGACCCCCCCUCCCCCCCACCUCCCGCCCCGGCUGAAGAAUCUCCCGUUAAGAACCAGUCGCUUUGGUGCUUCUUCACUCCCCGGCAGCCUCCGAGGGUUUCAGCCGCUCUUUCCCCCCCUCUCUUCUCUCCUUUUAGCCACCCAGCAAACCCUCAAGGAUGCAGCUCCCUGGGGGAGUGUUGAGCUGCAGCAACUUCCAUUAACCUCCCCCUCCUAAAUCGGCGAGGCUUGGAUUUGGGAUCUCCGUCUUGGAGCAAAGGGAAAAAGGAUUCCUGUUGCAUUUGCCAACUCCAGCGCCGAGCGCAGGAAGGAUUCCAGGCAAGGUGCCCCUCGAUGGAACUGGAUGCAGCACAGCCCUUGCCAUCAGGAGCAUUGAUGCCUGCAGCAGCACAGCCCCAAUAAAGGCAGGAGCUGGGAAGUGGAGGCUGCAGCAGCCCCGGGCUGGAUCCCUCUGCCCCGCUCUAAGCGCUGGAGUUGCUCUCGCUCGCCCCAGGGAAGCCUUUGCCAAUGCUCACAAGGAACUGCUUCUCCCUGCUGCUUUGGGUCCUGUUUGAUGGAGGCCUCCUAACUCCACUGCAGCCACAGCCACCACAGCCUUUGGAAGCAGAGCCAAGUGAAGAUGCCAGCCAGGUGCCAAGCAGGAGGUCGUCUGCCCAGCGAGUCAAGCGGGGCUGGGUGUGGAACCAGUUCUUCGUGCUGGAGGAGUACAUGGGCUCUGAGCCCCAGUAUGUGGGCAAGCUCCAUUCUGACCUGGACAAGGGAGUGGGCACUGUUAAAUACACCCUCUCAGGAGAUGGUGCUGGGACAGUCUUCACCAUCGACGAGACCACAGGAGACAUCCAUGCCAUAAGGAGCCUGGACAGAGAGGAGAAACCUUUCUACACCCUGAGGGCUCAGGCUGUGGAUGUGGACACCAAGAAGCCUCUGGAGCCUGAGUCAGAGUUCAUCAUCAAGGUGCAGGACAUUAAUGACAACGAGCCAAAGUUCCUGGAUGGGCCUUACGUUGCCAGCGUCCCAGAGAUGUCCCCAGUGGGAGCCUAUGUCCUUCAAGUGAAGGCAACAGAUGCUGAUGACCCAACCUAUGGAAACAGUGCCAGAGUGGUGUAUAGCAUCCUCCAGGGCCAACCUUAUUUCUCCAUUGAUCCAAAGACAGGAGUCAUCAGGACAGCUCUGCCCAACAUGGACAGGGAAGUGAAGGAGCAAUACCAAGUCUUGAUCCAAGCCAAGGACAUGGGAGGGCAGCUGGGAGGCCUGGCUGGGACCACCACGGUCAACGUGACCCUGACGGACGUCAACGACAACCCCCCCAGGUUCCCUAAGAGUAUCUUCCACCUGAAGGUGCCGGAGUCGUCGCGGGUGGGCGCUGCGGUGGGCAGGAUCCGAGCCGUGGACCCUGACUUCGGCAGGAACGCAGAGAUCGAGUACAGCAUCGUGCCGGGGGAUGGGGGCAACCUCUUCGACAUCACCACCGACCACAGCACCCAGGAGGGAGUCAUCAAGCUCAGAAAGCCCUUAGACUUUGAAACCAAGAAGGCCUACACCUUCAAGGUGGAGGCCUCCAACCUCCACCUGGACCACCGCUUCCACUCGGUGGGGCCCUUCAAGGACACUGCCACAGUGAAGAUCAAUGUGCUGGACAUGGAGGAGCCUCCAGUCUUCAGCAAGCCUCUCUACACCAUGGAGGUCUUCGAGGACACCCCUGUGGGUACCAUCAUAGGAGCAGUGACAGCUCAGGACCUGGAUGCUGGCAGCAGCUCGGUGAGGUACUUCAUUGACUGGAAGAAUGAUGUGGACACCUUCUUCACCAUAGAUGCCACCGAGGGAACCAUUGCUACCAGUGAGCUGCUGGACAGAGAGACCACAGCCCAGUACAACUUCUCCAUCAUUGCAAGUAAAGUUAGCAACCCACUCCUGACCAGCAGAGUCAACGUCCUCAUCAACGUGCUGGAUGUCAACGAGUUCCCUCCCGAGAUCUCAGUGCCCUACGAGACCUCUGUGUGUGAGAACGCCAAGGCAGGACAGGUGAUCCAGACUGUCACUGCAGCAGACAGAGACCUGGCACCAGCUGGGCAAAGGUUCUCCUUCAGGCUGUCACCUGAGGCUUCCAACAAACCAAAUUUCACAGUCCAUGACUACAGAAUCAUCGUGGUGCUGUACGUGGCGCUGCGGCGGCAGAAGAAGAAGGACACCCUGAUGACCUCCAAAGAAGACAUCAGGGACAACGUCAUCCACUACGACGACGAGGGAGGCGGGGAGGAGGACACGCAAGCCUUCGACAUCGGCGCCCUGAGGAACCCCAAGGCGAUGGAAGACAGCAAACUCCGCCGAGACAUCAAGCCCGAGGCGCUGCGCUGCCCGCGGCUGCGAGCGGCGGCGGAGGACAGCGCAGACAUCAAAGACUUCAUCCAGCAGAGGCUGCAGGAGAACGACGGAGAUCCGACGGCACCUCCCUACGACUCCCUGGCCACCUACGCUUACGAGGGGACCGGCUCGGCGGCGGAGUCCCUCAGCUCCAUAGACUCCCUGGCCACGGAGGCAGACCAGGACUACGACUACCUGAGCGAGUGGGGGCCUCGCUUCCAGAGCCUGGCCGAGAUGUUCGGGGAAGAGGAAAGCUCCCACCCCGAGAAAGUCACCUAAGGACGGCUCUGGCUUCUCUUCAGAGCGUAUGCUACGACUGGAAGAGUGGGAGACAGAAGCAAAGCAAAGCAACCCCCCCCAGGGCCCCCCAUCUGGAAAGCUGAAGCUAAAGCUUCACCCAGGACAGGCUCGCUCGGAUGCUCAGCCCACAGCGGCGCUUGCCAGCAGCUUGCCCACAGGUCCCCUCCUGCCACUCUUGGUUUGCUCAGUGGAAGGGGGACCAAAUCCUGUCACACACACACAGACACACACACACAGGGGUUGGGUCGGGUUGGUUGUGUUUCUUCUUUCCUUUGUGUUGUUGUCAUCGUUGGUUUCUUUCUUACUCUGGAAUUAACACUGAGACCAGCUCCGACCUCCCCCACCAGGAAAGAGCUCUCCUGAGGUGGCUAAGAAGGGAGGUAACCUCCUGGCAUCGCAGUGGAAGAGAGGUAGCUUUUUUGUUACUCCACUAAAGUGCCUAUCUGAACCUUUUUCUCCUUAAAAUAGAGUGGCUGCUGCGUUUGGGGGGGGGAGAUCCCAACUCACCCCCCCUAAAAAUCAAACCACCACCCCACAAACACUGAAUGGCAACCUGGGGUCCCAAGGAGCUUUCAGGACAAGAAGCAAUAGCAACCUGCUGAGGACAAAAAGCUGGAGGUGACUUCUGGGAGGCUAUUUGAUGGGGAGGGGGAGGGCAAAGGUGGAGGUUGAGCUUGGGUUAGAAGCGAGCAGAGCGUGGAGGUGUCAGAGUUGUUCCUCCGCCUGGGAUGGAAGCUGCUGCUGCUGCUGCUCACUCUGGAGGCAUCGAGGCCCAAAGGAAAAGCAAAAACAGCAUAAAAACCAAGGGGAAAAAAGCAUAAAUUUAGCCUGCAUCAAUGAGUACUGGAAGUGUUCCCCCUCCAACCCUGCCUUUUUUUUCCAAGACAAUAAAAGGGUGAAAGCGU